AUGGAGGAAAACAACGACAAUUCAGAUUCACUCAGCUUCACCCCUCUCGGAUCCGGGCAAGAAGUAGGAAGAUCAUGUCAUUUACUCGAAUACAAAGGAAAACGGGUCAUGUUGGAUUGUGGUGUGCAUCCUGGACUUCACGGAGUGGAUGCUCUUCCUUUUGUGGAUUUCGUUGAAAUCGAAAACAUCGAUCUUCUCCUUAUCACACAUUUCCAUUUGGACCACUGUGGAGCUCUCCCGUGGCUUCUCCAAAAAACUGCCUUCCGUGGAAAAUGUUUCAUGACACAUGCCACUAAAGCAAUUUACCGAAUGUUGCUAGGUGAUUACGUGAGAAUUUCAAAAUACGGCGGAGCUGAUCGGAAUCAACUGUAUACGGAAGAUGAUCUGGAAAAAAGCAUGGCAAAAAUUGAAACAAUUGACUUUCGAGAGCAAAAAGAGGUUAAUGGCAUUCGGUUUUGGCCGUAUGUGGCAGGUCAUGUCUUGGGAGCUUGCCAGUUCAUGAUCGAAAUCGCAGGAGUUCGAGUACUCUACACAGGCGACUUCUCCUGUCUAGAAGAUAGGCAUUUGUGUGCUGCCGAAAUUCCACCAAUCACUCCGCAGGUUUUAAUUACAGAAUCCACAUAUGGAACCCAAACGCAUGAGGAAAGAUCAGUAAGAGAAAAAAGAUUCACUCAGAUGGUUCAUGAUAUUGUAACAAGAGGCGGCAGAUGCCUGAUUCCAGCUUUUGCUAUAGGACCCGCGCAAGAGCUGAUGCUCAUUUUAGACGAGUAUUGGGAGUCACAUCAAGAAUUGCAUGACAUCCCUGUUUAUUAUGCUUCGUCUCUCGCGAAAAAAUGUAUGUCAGUAUAUCAAACGUUUGUAAACGGAAUGAAUUCACGAAUUCAAAAACAAAUUGCUGUCAAGAAUCCAUUCAUUUUCAAACAUGUUUCGACUCUCCGUGGAAUGGAUCAAUUCGAAGAUGCUGGUCCAUGUGUGGUGUUAGCAACUCCAGGAAUGUUGCAGAGUGGAUUCAGUCGAGAACUAUUCGAGAAUUGGUGCUCUGAUUCGAAAAAUGGAUGCAUUAUUGCUGGAUACUGUGUCGAAGGAACCCUUGCAAAGCACAUUCUGACAGAACCUGAAGAAAUUGUCUCACUAAGUGGAGAGAAACUUCCAAUGAGAAUGCAAGUUGGAUAUGUUUCGUUCUCUGCUCAUACUGAUUUCAACCAGACUUCUAAUUUUGUAAAAGCUCUUAAACCACCACAUUUGGUUCUAGUUCAUGGAGAACUUCAUGAAAUGAGUCGCCUCAAAGCUGGUAUUGAACGUCAAUUCCAAGAUGCUAACAUUCCCAUCGAGGUACACAAUCCACGAAAUACAGAACGGUUGGAUCUACAAUUCAGGGGAGAGAAAACUGCAAAAGUUAUUGGAAAGUUGGCACAAAAGAUGCCAGAGAACGGAGAGAUCAUUAGUGGAGUUCUAGUGAAAAAUAACUUUUCCUACUCGUUAAUGGUGUAUGAAGAACUAGGAUCUUACACUUCUCUUCGAACUUCAAGUCUUGAACAGAAAAUGUCAGUUCACUAUUCGAACUCUGUUCGUUUGCUUUUGUUCAACUUGAAUCAGUUGAAUGAUGAUGCUACCUUAUUGCAAAAUGCAAAACUGAAGGAAAUGUCAAAAAAAGGAACUAUUACUCAUGCAAUCAGUAUCUUCCAAGGAAAAGUUAUUGUUUCAUACUACGGAAACGAUCAUGUUGCUGUUGUCAAAUGGGAGUCGAAUCCAGUUUCAGAUAUGUAUGCUGACUCUGUAACUGCCGCCAUUUUGCAUGCCCAAGCUAAUCCUGUGCCAGAAAAAUAUCUUCCCGCCAGUUCGUCGUUCCCGCCAUUCAAUACAGCACUAGAAGGAAUGGUCAAGCAUAUUUGUGGAGAUGAUGUGUCAUUAGUAAUGAGUGAUCGUGGAUUGUUAGCACAGUUCGAGGAAGACGGUCGACGUCUCCCAGUGGAAGGAAACCCUGAUGGACCAGUCACGAUGGGAGGUGAUGAUCCAAUGGACGAUCCAACGACUUCACAUAUUCUCCAAGGACUUACAGAGAAAAUGCGACAGAUUGUGACUACGAACAAUGAAACGGAUCUCAUAGAUGAUAUGGAGUAUUAG